CAAACAAUGCCCUGCCUGACUGCCUGCAAGCACAUACGCCGCCACAAAGCCACGCAUCAGUUUUUCACACACACACGCAGCAAGUUCCCUGCCCUCAAACUCGCCUCGUUUGCUUGCUUGCUCGUUUGCUGCUAGGUAGGUGUGUGUGGUGGUGCGUGUGGCACGUCAUCCUCAUCACACAGCCAGCAGAACGCACGCUUGCUGCUGUCGCUACCAUUGCACAGGCAACACGAGUCAAGAAGCAGAAGGAGCUCUGUGCCUUUGUUUCUUGCUUUGAAGGCUGACAGCCGAGCCGCAUAGAUAACGCGCGCCGGCAUCUGUUCCUAUCUGGAACAUACCCUUCAUGGCGCAGCCUCAUCCCCAACAAACACGUUCCACCAUGCGGGCAGCUGUGCUGCUCCUGUGCAUCGUCACGACGGCCUUUGUCGCUCUCUCACGUGGCGUGGCAGCGCAGGACGUGCCGUUCCAGGCGAAUGCAACGCUGAGCCUGCCGUUGCUGAAUGCAGACUUUGAGAUGCCGGCGCUGCUGUCUGGUGGCGACUCGGGCCCAAGCAACGACGUCCCAAACUGGGAGGCAACGCCCUCGGACGAUCUCUCCAGCGCCUUUGUCGCCCGGCCCGCGCGUGGCCAGUAUGCGCCGUUGGACCCGCUGCCCAUGCCUGCAAGCAACCGCCAAGUGCUGCGCAUGGGCGGCACCGUCAGCGUGGAACAGAUUGUGUCCCCGGCCCAGCUGCGUGCCGCCCUCACAGACACCACGUCGUGCGCGCUGGCGUGCAUUGACCACAUCACCAUCUCCUUUGCCUUUGGCCUCCCCGAUGGUGGCGUUGGCAGCCAGGCACCAGGCACCGUGCGCUUGCUUGUUGGCUCGUCCCUGCAGACGCUCAUCAACACCAACAUCAACGCCGCCCCUGCGCCGGGUACCUUCUCCCUGGUCACGGUGGAGGCGGACGUGGACGGCGCCACCCUCGCCACCAUGCUGACGCAGGGGCUUGUGCUGGGCGUGUCUGCGCUCGGCCGCACCGGUGACGGCUUUGACAUUGACGCCAUAUCGCUCGUUGGCCGCCGCUGCGACGUGGCCGCUCCCAUCUCCUCCCUGGGCAAUGCAGACUUUAGCUCGCCGGACAUCGCUUCCGGCCAGGCCACGCCCCCCUAUUUCCCAAGCAACUGGACGCUGGGCGCAUUUCCCGGCUCGUCGCAGCAGCCCACACUCAGAGCCGCCGUGACCAGCAUCCCAUCGUCGCUCGCUGCAAACGGUUUGCUGUCGCCGCCGCAGUGGCUUCGGCUGGAAAACACGGGCUCUCUCGCCCAGAACGCGUCCCUCUCCUCCCCGGACGCCCGCCUGUACGUCAACUCCGCACGCGGCACCGUCUUCGUUGCGCUUGGCGUGGUGGUGACCGAGGAGAGUUCGGUCGCGUUCCCGGACACAUUUGAUGUGGACGUGUUGGCUGCCGCUGAUGGCGCUGUUGUUGCGUCCACCAGCAUUGUUGCAUCUCGCGACCUGACGGCAGAUACGCCCACGUGCAUCCCCGUUGUUGGGGCGCUUGACCUGUCACAGCAGAGCACGCGGGAGGCGUUGCUUGGCAGCGGGCUCACGGUCCGCUUUGCAUCUGAUGGACAGAAGACACGCGCCAAUGUCGACCGCGUUCGUCUCUUCCUCUCCGCUCCGGGCCUCACGCAAGACGACAUCACAACAACAACAACAACAACAACAACUACAACAACAACAACUACAACAACAACAACAACUACAACAACUACAACUUCAACAAGCACUACAACAACAACUACGACAACAACAACAACAACGACAACAACAACUACGACAACAACAACUACAACCACAACUUCAACAAGCACUUCGACGACGGCUGAUUUCGCGGUGCCCGAGGACUAUGACACAUACUUCACGGAGCUGCCCUCCAAUGCCACGCUGCUGUUCACGCCGAGCGAGGUGUUGCAAGACACCCGGUCCUCCUCAAGCCGCUGCUUCCAGCUGUGCACGCUGAGCCAGUCGUGCCUUGGCGUUGUGUUGUCUAGUCCACGUGACGGCGGUGCGACGUGGCGGUGUGUGCUGCUGUCGGGCUUCGACCAAGACACGUUUGCGGACAACUCAGACCCCAACCGCCACUCGCUCACCCGCAAUGUCAUGACCACCACCAUCACCGUCGGAACGCCCCCAGCAGCUUCCACAACAACUUCAACGACGACCACGACAAUGACAACGACAACGACCAGCACGAGCACGACUGAGCUUGGGCCGCUCGAGUUUUCGCCGCGUGUGAUGGAGUACUAUGACCUGGUGUAUGUUGGUGCCGUUCCCGGCAACGAGGGCAACGUGUCUGAGUUUUCUGCCGUUGACGAAGUGGGCGGUGUUGUGGACACGGUGGAGACAGACGACCCAGACACGUGCUUUGCGCUCUGCUCGCUGCAGGCCGCGUGUGUCGGCGUGUAUGUCCGCGCCACGGCAGCAGACAACAUCACCUGUGCGCUGAUGCGGUUCCUGGGCACGGAGCAGGUCACCACCCGCUACUCGUACUCCUUUGAGAAGCGCCCGACAACCACGCAGUCGUCCACCACCUCCACCCCGCCGCCAUCCUUCACCCUCUCCCCGGAGCUGCAGGCCAAGUACACGGUGGUGUAUGAGGGCCACGUUGCAGGCAACACGGGGCCCUUCUUCGAGUUUUCCACGGCAUACGACGCGGCGGCGCUGUUGGAUGUGGAGCGCGCCAUCACCCCUGACCUGUGCCUGCUGCGCUGUGAGAACGUGGAUGCGUGUCUGGGCGCGUAUGCGUACGUUCGCAACGACGCGUGGCGGUGUCGGUUGCUGAGCAACCUCGGCGUGUCUGCUGCCUCUGCCGUCGCCUCGUACAGCUACAGCCGGAACAACCCGCCAAACGCCACAACAACCGCAGCACCGUCAAGCACAGCAGCUGCGACCAGCAGCACCACCACAGCAGGAGGGACACCGCAACCAUCGCCCGUGGCAACAACGCCAGAGCCAGCAACAACAACGACGGUGCUCAUCACAGGCACACCCAUGCCGUCUCCAACACUCAUCACCUCCACGUCGCUCCUGCCGACAUCCACGAGCACCACGACGCAACUGCCUUUAUCGUCAUCAUCAUCGACUACCACAGCCACGACGACAACAAGCACAAGCACAACAACUACUUCAACAGCAACGCUUGUGGUUCCCGCUGGGUUUGCGCGUGCGUUUGCGCAGUUGAACGAGACGGACACAUUCGCCUACAAACCAGAGCACGUGCGGCGGCGUGUUCGCUUGCAGUCGUCGUCUUGCUUCAACCUGUGUCUUUCCGAUGCGUCGUGCAUGGGCCUCGUGUUGCAGGAGCCUGGCUCUGACCAGUGGGACUGCGUGUUCUUGUCGGACUUUGACGGAAUUGUGCCGGCCACCAUGCCCUCGCAGUACUCGUUCAUGCGCCUGCCAUCCACCGCAAGCACCACCACCACCACGACCACCACCACCACAACCACAACGACGACCACGACCACAACCACGACGACGACAACAACACCACCACCAAUUGUGGUGCCAGAGUCGUUUACCGAGCUCGGCGGCGACGAGGUGUUCACAUAUGCGCCAAAGCACGUGCUGCGAUCGUCUCGCACAUCCGCGCAGACGUGCUUCAACCUGUGCCAGCUCUCGUCCACGUGCCUUGCGCUCAUCCUUGACGCCCCCGGGCGUGGGGCGUGGGCGUGCACGCUGCUGUCCGACGUCACUGGGGUGGAGGACAACACGGACCCGAACCGCCACAGCUACAUGCGCAACAUUGCCACCACCACCAUCGUCCCAGAGACGGUCACGGAGACAACGACCACGACGACCACCACCACCACGACCACAGCUUCCCAGAACAUCACGACCACCAGCACCACGACGUUGAGUACGACGACAAUCACGACCACAUCGUCUUCAUCGUCAACGUCGUUCUCUGGCGGUGGUUCUGGCACCAGCACCAGCACUUCCACAACCACGACCACGACGACGACGACGACGACGACGACGACGACGACGACGACGACGACGACGACAACGACGACGACGACCACUUCGACGUUGCCACCGAUUGCGGUUCCAGACACGUUCACGGAAGUGAACAUCACGCUGACGCUGACGUAUGCACCGAACCACGUGCUGUCGUCGUUCCGCCAGUCGUCAGACAUGUGCUUUGCAUUGUGCAAGCUGUCACCCACGUGUUUUGGAUUGAUCCUGGACAGGCCGGGCAACAACACGUGGCAGUGCACGCUGCUGUCGUCAUUCACGGGCACGACAGCAAACAGCGACCCAGACCGCCACAGUUACACGCGGAACCUCGUCACAUCCACCGUCACCCCGGCCACGACCACCACGACAACCACCACGGUGUCUAGUUCUGGCGAGACUUCGACCAGCACCACAACAACGACAACGACUACCACGACAACCACAACCACGACAACCACAACGACAACGACGACGACACUGACAAACGUCACAAUGACGACGACAACGACAACAACAACAACAACCACGGAGUCAAGUUCUGGUGAGACAUCGACCAGCACCACAACAACGACGACAACGAGUUUGAACGAGACGUCCACCUCAUCUCCUUCCACAACAACGACGACCAUCUCCACCACCGGCACGCGCAACACCACGACCACGACCACGAGCACGUCGACCACAACUGUCGCUACAAACACCACCACAGCCACCGCAACAACAACAGCACCGCCUGUCACGGAGACAUCCACUGGAAGCAUUUCUCUCACGACCACAUCGACCUCGCAGAUUGGGUCGUUCACGUUCUUCAUCGCCGCUGACUUUGACGCGCUUGCAGGCAACGACCGGCGCCGCACACGCUUGGAGAUGUCUCUUCGCGAAUCAUUGGGGCAGCAGGGCAUCGACACGUCAAGUCUGACGUUUUCGUUUGCGCCCGGGUCUGUUGCUGUGACCGUCACGGGACCCUCGGCGGAUGUUGUUGCCGUUCGUGAUGCAACCAUGGCGUCCAACCUUAUGCUCACGCACAACGGCGAAACCUACGCCCUCCUCUCAAGUGCACCACCCACGACCACCCCGCCGCCACAGCAGGCGUCAUCAUCGGAUGACACGGGCGCCAUUGUGGCCGGGGUUGUCGUUGGCGUCGUUGUUGUCGGGUUGCUGCUCACCGUCGCUGUCAUGCGGCACAAGCAGCACACGAAAGGCACAUAUGUUGUUGACGAGGACCAAUUGCCGCCAGAGGAAGUGGUGUCGCCGACCGAGUUUGCCUACGACGACUUCCAAGCCCUGUAUCCGACGGAGGGCUCCAGCACAUCGCUGCUGCAGUCAGAUGCUGAGCGCACGUACUCGUUCCGCGAGCCACCGUCAUCCGCGACCGAGACGAAAUCGCUGGACCCGUCACUGGCGUCGCUGGUGAUGAGUGACCCGGGCAACAUGCACCUCGCCCCGCCGGCCCCACGCAUGCGCAUGCACAACACGACGCAGGCGGACAAGAAGCAACAUCAGCAGCAGCAGCAACAACAAGGACAACAACAAGGGCAACAGCAACAACAGCAUCAAGGGCACCCGCCCAUCUCGCAGGAGCACUUGCAGGCGCCUGACGGGAACUUGCUCGAGCACGACACGAGCCGGUCGAGCACAGCGACGGUGCGCAACUCUGUUGUGGAGUUGGAUAUGGACACGCCAGAGAGUCACACCAGCGCGGGUGGGGCGCACCACAUGGACAUCAGCACCCCAUACAGGGCGCCCGGUGGCGGCAGAGAGUACGGUGAUCACGGUGCUGGCGAUGUGUCACCGUACCCCUCGCCAACACCCCCGCUACCGCCGACGUCAACAGCGGCAACGGCGCAUGCGGGAGGACCAGCGGUGCGGACGGACAACCGGCCCGCGUCGCCGCUGACACACGAGGCGAUGACGCCGCUGUUGUCGCAGUCGCAGCGGCGGCGGUUCCUCGGCGAGGGCACGACAGUUGACCUCGAUGACACGUACUACCGCCUCAACACCAACGGCAGCAAUGGCGGUGGUGCAGGUGACAACGAUGACAAUGAUGAUGAUGAUGAUGAUGAUGCGAGGAGCGGUGUUGCGGAGUCUGCAACCACGGCCAUCACGACGCUGCCGGACGUGUACACGCCACCGCGCAGCGCAGCGCAAGUGGACCCGAGCGACGGUGUUGGUGGCGGUGAUGGUGAUGGCGAACACCAACAACAACAACACCAGCAGCAGCAGCAGCAACAACAACAGCAGCGGCGCGCGCCGACGUUUUUGCUUCGCAAGGGCUCAAUUGGGGCGGAGGAGGUGUGAAGGGCGGCCUCGCAUGUUGUUGGAGAAGGGUGAGUGGGGAGGGGGGAAGAGUUGAAGUGAUGUAGAUGAUGAUGAUGUUGUGGUGGUUUUGGCGUGGUGGUGGUGUAGCUAGCCAACUGACUGCGUGCUGGUGAUGAAUGGUGUGAGGCUGUGAAGGAGACAAACAGUUUGCCGUGUACACAAUGGGUUGCGAUGAAGAGGGGAUGUGGAUGGGUGAAGAGAGGAGGAGAAGCGGAGGAAAGAGAGGAAGAGAGGAAGAGGGUGUUGUGAUGAAGUGCGUUGUUUUCCUUUCAUUUCAUUCCUGCCAUUUGUUGUUUGUCCUCUGUUCUUGCAUGCAUGCAUGCAUGACUGUUACCCACGUCGAUAACACAUUCGAUGCAC